AAAAAAAUGGUUAAAGUUGUUUAAAGGAGUGUUGUGUAAAUAAUGAUGUUAGAAUUUGUCUGAAGAGUUUAAGUCAGAGCAAGUUAUCACUUAACGCAUGCUGUAAACUUGAAAGCUUAGUCACGUGGUCCCAUGUGUGCGCGUGGGCCUGAUAAAAUGUAAAUAUUGACGCGGGACCGGACAUGCGCAUGCGCAGGAGACAAAGUGCCUCCCUGUAUAUAAAGUCUUGGCGCCGGCGCGAGUUGUUCACUGCACUUCAAACUGCACCAAAAGCAACCCCAGAUUCAACAUCAUUACACCCUGAUGUACGGCAUAAUGACCAGACGGAGUAGACGCCUUCAAGCUAAAAACAAAAAUGGAGCCACCCACAAGAGACAAGACAAGAGAGCAAAAAGUAAAAAGGAGCAAUGCAACAGGAAGAAAACCCUGGCCAAAAUGAUAAAUGUUGAAACUCAGAACCUCAUGAGGGUUCAAGAGGGAACGAGCAAUGGUGAAGUCGUAAUUGAAACCCCUAUGGAUGGGAUUCAAGAUACAUUUGAUCAGCCAGGCUUGUCCCAAUGUUCUAGACCAUCUCCUUUCCCCCGACUCAGCUGGGGGAGUUCAGAGGACGUGUGGGUUAAGAUGUUGAGCAAGGAGAUUAAGUAUAAGCACAGUAAUACCAGUUUGGAGAGGCAUCCGAGACUCCAGCCCAAGAUGAGAGCAGUUCUACUCGACUGGCUCAUGGAGGUAUGUGAGGCUUAUCUGCUUCACAGACAGACAUUCUACCUCGCACAGGACUUCUUUGACCGGUUCAUGCUUACUCAAGACAACACGGAAAAGGAGCGGCUUCAGCUCAUCGGCAUCACUGCGCUCUUCAUCGCUUCAAAAAUUGAGGAAAUUUAUCCACCCAAACUCACGGAGUUGGCCUACGUCACGGACGGCGCAUGUCUCGAAGAGGAGAUCCUACAGAUGGAGCUUAUCAUGUUAAAAGCAUUAAAUUGGGACUUGUAUCCCGAAACUGUCGUUUCAUGGAUGAAGCUUUACAUACAGAUGGCCUCGGUGUACGAUUUAACUAAUCUGCUAGUGCCACAGUUUUCUCAAGAGACGUACAUACAGAUUACACAGCUUUUAGAUUUGUGCAUCCUAGAUAUCAACUCACUGGAGUUUAAAUACGGGGUGCUGGCUGCAGCUGCCUUUUGCCACUUCAUAUCUUUUGAAGUUGUACAGAAAGUCUCAGGUUUGACCUGGGAGGCAGUAGAGAGCUGUGUGAACUGGAUGGCUCCUUUUAUAGAGACCAUGAUGGGUUAUGAGAGCCCAAAGCUUAAAGAUUUUGCUAAAGUGUCUUGUGAGGACCGACACAACAUUCAGACCCACAUCAGCUACCUGUCUAUGCUGAAUGAAGCACAGCAAAAACACACCAUUUCCACAAGCGGCGUCUUUCCCCCUACACCACCGAGCAGCGCCGAGAAACCCAGCACACACUGAGGGAUCAGUGCUGCAGUACGACCCAAUGCUUCUCUCUUCCCUACAGCUUAAAGCUACUGUACAAGGCUUCAUUACAGAGCAGCUGGGAGAUUAAUAUAUUGUAUAAUGUGAAUAGGAAGGUUGAUAUUUAAAAAGAAAAGAAAAAAAAAACUUCCAUGAACUGCAUUUUGUUUAAUUUCAAACCUGAAAGGAGAAAAAAAAUCACUAAGACAUCAGCAAAGCAUGUCCUCAGGGAUUUUAUUACUAUCACUGUUCAAGUACAAUUUGUAAAUAGAUGUUUUAUUACUUAUGAAGCUUAACUGUCAAAUAUAUUUGUAAACAACGUGACCCUGUAAGAUUUGACUCUAAAUCUAACGCUGGUUCAUUACAGCUGUUUAUAUCCACAUAUAUAAUGUGCAAUAUUCCAUGCUAUGUAACUAAAAUGACCUGUAAAUGGUACUGUCAAAUGGUUAAAAAAUAUUAAGUUUGACUGGAUACCUGUGAAUCUUAUUUUUUUCUGUCAUACAUGCAGUAUUGUACAGAAUAAAUGAAUGCUAUUGAAAAUUAUUUAUGAUUCUUACCCCAAAGUCCAAAUUAGCAGAAGGUUAAACAGCAUCUGGUAACAAAGUUCUUGAUGUAAUUCUAAUUUUUUUUUUAAUAAGUGUGUGUAGAU